AAACAGUGUGGGAUUAUAGCAAAACGCGUGGUCUUGCCCAGUUCUGGCGCCUGUUCGCCGCGCGUUGUUUUACUAUCACAUAAGAUUCCACGUGAUACGGUCGUUUGUGGCAAGUUAGUCGCGUUCGCGAUGUGGCUCGCUUUACUCAUUGGUAACCCGGUCUGAUCGUAAAACACAUUGUGACAGUUUUAUAGCCAUUAGGCCACGCGCCCUUCUCUUUGUGACUGUGUAGCUUUAUUCCGGAUUUUGAACGAUUCGUUUGGUAUGCUCGUGCUAAUUGUGAACAUCGUGUAGGAAUUUGUAUGUUUGACUAGAUCAUGAGUUCUUAUCAGUUUGUGAACUCUUUAGCUCAGUGCUAUGCUCAACAGGGCAGGGCUGGAGAACAGUCACAUCAAGCUGCCAGUCCCGGUGGAGACUAUUAUAAUCCUAAUGCAGCAGCGGCAGCUAGUUAUCCUCCCGCAUGUUAUUCUCCGCCACAAGUAGGACCUCAGGGUUACACUCCCCAUCCGUAUGCGACUCCAGCACCCGGCCAUGGCCUUCAACCUAUGGGAGACUAUACCCAGUUGCAACCACAGCGAAUUCCUGGUCCGGCUGCAAGUUCGCAUAUGCAUCAUGCUAGCCCAGGUGGACAGAGUCCUGGAAUGCUUAAUCCAUCAGCUAGUUGUAAAUACGCUGACUCCACAUCUUCAACGGGAGUUGCCAGUCCUCAAGACUUGAGCACGAACGCACCUCCUAAUAGAGCUACUCCACCUCUAGCCAAUACACAAUCGAGCAACAACAGCAACGCCACUAUAACUUCGAACAAAUCUUCAGGGUUGACAUCACCUUUAUCGGUCAGCACGUCACCAGGAAUUAAGCCCGGCGUUGCAUCUUCGACAGUUUCUCAAAAUCUCUCCUCACCUGCGUCAAGCACUAGUUCAACAUCUAGUAAUGAUCAGAAGGUGAACACGAAUAACAAUAACUCGAAGAGCGGAAGUCAGUCCAAUCCUCCUCAGAUAUAUCCGUGGAUGAAACGAGUACAUCUUGGCCAAAAUAGACGUACUGUAAACGCAAACGGAGAAACGAAAAGACAGAGGACCUCUUACACGAGGUACCAAACGUUAGAGUUAGAAAAGGAGUUCCACUUCAACAGGUACCUCACGAGGAGAAGGAGGAUAGAGAUAGCUCAUGCGUUAUGUCUGACAGAGAGGCAGAUAAAAAUCUGGUUCCAGAACAGGCGGAUGAAGUGGAAAAAGGAACACAAGAUGGCCAACUUCCACUUGGCAUCCCUCCAAGAUGAAGGCUACGCAUUCCACCAAGCCAUGGGGAUGGGCGGAAUGGGGCCCAUGCAACGCGGCCUCUACGCUUGCGGCACUCCCUACAGCUAGCCCUGGGCCGCCUACAACGGAGACUGUGGCCCUUCAUAAGGGCUUUAGGGGCUCUCGGAUCCUAAACAGUCUCUGGCCAGCGGUUCUGCCAUUUGCUGAUAUUAAAGCAUAGAGGCAGUGAAAAUAUUGUUCUUGUAAUUAACCGAACAGUUGUUCCAACCAAAUCACCCAAAUCCAUAGAGUUUUGUGAUGAAUAGCAACUUUUUCACUUGCUAAUGUCAGCAAUGGCGUAAGAACCGUCGGUUCUUUAGUGUUAGGAAUAAUAAAAGUGCCAGUAAAGGACUAAAAUCUUGUUGGUACUGAAAUGCUUAUAGUACACAAACUGCUCCGCUUUAACUUGUUAAUUAUUACCAGGGCGUGCGGUGCAAUUUGGAAGAAGGGAUGCAAUUGAUUAAAACUCACCUAUUUAAAAUGCAAUUGGAUUCUUCUAUCAUCUAGAAACGGGGAUGCUGCUACAUUUUCCUAACAAGAUGUUAAUAACUGACUGGCAUUAUUUUUUCUCUCAAUGUCUUGAGUCUCAUACAAAGCAGUUAGUUCCGAACGUAACAAAAUCAUAUCAAAAUAUUGUCCAUUAUUACGAAUCAAAGAUUUUAAUUGCUGUUCCGGAAAAUGUGUUUCUUUGAACGUAUUAAAAUUACACUUCGAGAAACUUGACAUCUUCAAAAUUCUUGAACCUGUUGAACCUGUUCUCUAUUUCUUAAUACACUAAAUCCAAAACUUGAAAGAACAAUCGGCGGUGACAAGUUACAAUAUCUCCAACAUUAUCGGUGCGUAUGCUUUGUCUGUUUGGCUCAAAAUGUCUAUCUAUCAUAUUAUUCCAGCUGUUUUCAAAGUAAAUUUAAAAUUUUUAAAUUCGAUAACUUUUUUGCACAGAACCCAAUAUAGUAUCAGAGAGCUAAAUCAAUAAAAGAGACUAAAAGUUAUAACAUCGGUAGUUUAAUCUAAAAUAAUUGCAAGGGAUCGUGUCUGAAAGCGGGUUUGGAAACGUCGACCUUCUUAAUUAGGAUGUUGCUAUUUAUUACGAAAUUAAUAAUAUUAUAAAAUAUAAUGAUUUUUCUAAAGGAAGGAAUGCUUUCCUUGCUUCCAUGGACCGCACGCUCCUGAUUAUUACGUUGUUGAUUCAAUGUACAAACUUGGUAGCCUGAAUUUCGAAAAUGUCUAACUUUGGUUACCAAACGCUACUUUCGUUCAAUGUCUCUACAAAUCAACAGAAACACUUGUAAAGUUCCGUUACAAAAACACUUUAACAAAUACGUAAUUUUAAUGUGCAAUAUAGUUAUUGUUGAAGUGUCUUGUUUAUCAAAUAGCAAGCGAUCUUGUGCGAAAAGACACUGACCUGUGCUCACUUAAGUCUAAUUUACAAAAUCGAAGUGUGAUUAUAUAGCUAUUAGAAAAAGUUCUUUAUAUUCAUUUUUGUUUUCUAAAUGGUAUAUUUUAUUUUUAAUUGGCGGUUUAUACAAUUUUCUUAAUUUUUCGUAACAUAAGUAUCUGAUCUUUUGCUAUAAGGACAUGUAAAUAAGAGUGUAGAUGACAAUGUUUCAUUCGUUUUGUAAAUACUUUUAAUGUAGCUUUAAGGCGAAUUUAGUUAAUUUAGAACAUCUAAUUUUAAGUAUAUACUGAAUAAAAAAUCGAAUGUAAAUAAGAAAUAAGGAUUUAAGUUUAAGAAAUAUUCUUUGUAUAGAUCUGGUGUGAUUUGGAUCUAUUUAAAAUCGAUAUCUAAAUUGACGUAGUCGAUCUUUUUCGAAUCAGUUCAGAAAAUUCACUGUAUUUCCAUUAAAUGCUUUUUGAGGGUUAUUUCAUUUUGUUAAUACGCAAAUAAAUAAGAACAUAUUUAAGUGGCAAGCAUUUGAGCACACGUUUCUUAGAAUGCAAAAGUGUAUAUAAUGUGUAUAUUAAUUUUAGCUCAAUAUAUGUUCAUGUUUCUUUUAUUUUUGUUUUAAUUUUAUUUAUGUACUUUGUAAUAAUUCUUGUGUGAUGGACGAUAUACUGUUAGGAUGUAUCCGUUCUAACUAAUAGUUACUGUUGUAAUUGUCCAAUCUAAUAAACUAUUAAUAAAA